AUGCUACUAUCUCCAGCAGAAAAACAAUAUCUACACGACUCAUUGAGUCAGUCGCCAGUAAUAAGACCAGACUCGCGGUCCGCGCAUCAAUAUAGACCUCUUGAAGCUACUACGUCAUUUUUACCGGGAUCUAAUGGGUCAGCAAGAAUUCGGUUGCUGGAAGGUAGUGAAUGUAUAAUCAGUGUCAAGGCCAAAGUUGUGCCCACUGAGCUAAACGCCUUUGAGGAUGUUGCCCUGCUCAAUUUGAUUGAUGUUGAUGUUGACAUUGCUGGGUAUCGAGAUGAUUCCAAUUACAUUUCCAAUUUGAAAUUUCAAUUGACAAAUCUAUUACAUCAAAAUUUCCCUCACUUGGUACUACAAUUGACGACAAGGUAUGCGUUUAGGUUAUUUAUUGAUUGCGUCAUCAUCAGCCAUCUGUCCUAUCCAUUGAGUUUGAUGAGCUUGACAACUUACUUGGCCUUGAAAACGACAAGAUUACCAUUGUUGGUCAGUGAUCCAAAUGACUUACAGGUUGCUGAAUAUCCCACAUUUUCCGAUGAUUGGGACGAUUCCAGAACUAUCGAAGAAAUAAUGGUGGAUAAGAAACUUGGCCAAGCUUUCAAGCCCCCUAUAUUUGUAACUCUUGGAGUUGUAGGUAAGAACUUGAUGUUUGACCCAUCAGUUGAGGAAGAACAGGUCUUGGAAAACGGGUUGGUGGUUAGCUUCUACAAUGACAAAGUCAUAACUCCUAUAACCAAUGGAAACUUUGCUUUGAAUUCAAACAAUUCCAAUUUCACCGGAUUGAAUAAACUAGUAUUGGUGAAAUCGAUCGCCUUGUGUAAUCAAUAUUGUCCAGCCAUUGUUAAAGCUUUGGAUGCAUUGGUUGAACAGGAGGUUGGCGAAAGUAAUUUGUCUAUUUUCUAA